AUGGGCUGGUCCCGCGGGCGGUGGUGUUACCGUGGUGACCGCGCGGGCUUGAGUGGCUGCUGUCGGGUGUCUGUGAAUGAAGAGUCGAAGACCUGGCGCACUUACUUAGUCUCAAAGGCUGAGGAAAGGCGAGUGGACAGACCUUCACAAGAGUCUAAGAAACCUCCAGACACCAAGACUGAGGAGAGCUUCCAGGGGGAGAAAGGGGCGGCUAAGCGGCAGUGGCCUUCAUCUGAAGUGGGAGAGAAACCUGAUGUAAAUCCAGAAAAGAAGUUUGCCAUCCCACAGAUCAUCAUCACCACACCCUCAAAAGAGACUGUGAUCAGCUAUGGUUCCAUGGGAAUGCAGGAGCAGAGAACCAUUCAGGAACGGGCUGAGCAGGGUCCCUACUCCCGACACAGAAACCCCAGCACAGUAGAUGCCUAUAACAUACAGACCACAGAAUAA